AAGAAGACGAAGACGAAGGAGGAGGAGGAGGAAUUCCUUAACAGUCUUAUAAGCUCACUGAAAUGGCAAACGGUUUCGUGUGGAAGUUAUUUCGUCUUCCGGUCUUCAAGUUGUUUGUGUCUCUGCGGUCAGACUCUGUGCUUCGGGGCAAAGCAGUAACGGUGGCAGCGGGCAGACAUUUAUCCAGCAACGCGCCUCCGGAGAGGAUCAGUCGCUUCCCGGUGCCCUAUAAGAAAGACCUCUCGUAUGAUAUAGUGGAAUUAAUGGAAGAAGUUGAGGCAAAGUGUGGUUUUUUGCCCAAUGUCUUCAAAGUCCUCGCUCACAGACCAUCAGAGUUCAAAGCCUUCUUCUCUUACUACAAUGAACUUAUGAGCAAAGAGACAGGGGGAUUAACCAAUGCAGAUCGUGAGCUGAUUGUGGUGGCUACCAGUACCCAUAAUAAGUGUCUUUACUGUGUGGUAGCACACAGUGCAGUGCACCGCAUCUACUCUAAGAAACCCAGCUUGUGUGACCAGGUUGUUGUAAAUUAUGAGAACGCAGACCUGACACAGCGGGAGCGUGCAAUGCUCGACUUCGCACUGGCUGUGUGUCGCUGCGACACAAUCACUGAGCAACACUUUCAAGCCCUGGAGGAAGUGGGCUUUGACCGAGAAGACGCAUGGGAUAUUGCUGCCAUCACUGCUUUCUUUGCCAUGUCCAAUCGGCUCGCCCACGUCACUGAUAUGAGGCCAAACCCAGAGUUUUAUAAUAUGGGUCGUAUACCACGGGAGAAGAGUAAAGACCAGGGGGACGGCGAAUGAGAAGUUGUAGCGGUACAGCGAUAAUUAUCAGGGGUCAUUUUGACAAUCAUGUUUUGUAGCAUUUAAAUGACAUUUAUUUUUAUUACCUAAUAUGACAGUAUAAGUACAUAAUAAAAUGGAUGAAGCUGAAAGGAAGGAGGGCUUUUCCAUGAUGAAUAGACUUGCAACAGGUACUACAAUAAUGAAUGUUUGAGUUCAAUGAUACAAAUAUUUCAUUCGGCAAAAGAUGGAACGUACAUUCAGUGAGGAGAUGAGUUCCAUUGAAAGAAUGCUUAAAAACAUUUAUUUGUUUUAUAUAAUGAGUAAAAUAGAUCCUUAUUUGAUAUUUUUUAUUAAUUUAUAAACAGAAAAGGGACUUACAUUUUGGUGUGUGCCACUGGUGCUUUGACUUCAACAAUCAAACACAAACUUUAAAUAGGAAUCCAAAAUUGUCCUCAGUCAGCUUGCAAAAAACAAUCCUGACGAUGUAGUCCGUGACAUUGUGCACCGCCUUUGUGUAUAGACGGCCGUCUGCUUUCCUCACUCCAAUGAAAGAUCGCGUCAGAAAUUUGUCCAGCUUUUCAUCCUAACAGCUCUUCAUGCCUCCAGAUGGCUCACGGCGUAGUGGACUUGUUUUUUGUGUUAGAAGAAUUAGCACCGUCAAUUGGCUCCUUCAAAUCAUCAUCUGUCAGCAAACAAACUCCGGCAUGUUUAGCUAAAUGCUACCCCCACUAGUGAGUGGUGGUCGCAGUGAACAGUGGUACAAAACAUGGAAUCAAACUUGCACGGUAAAUGGAACCAAAUUUGCACACUAAAUGCAACACAAAUGGGACGAAUAAUCCAUGCCAUGUGACAUACAGCCUGAAAGUAAAUCGAUUCAGUUUUCACACUGGAUGGAGUCUAUGUGUACAUGACAACAGAUUAUGUCUUUGAUUUGAGAUGGUUGUCAUAAAGUCAUGAGACGGUUUGGAGGGAAGACAGACACUGCCAUAGAAGGAAACUUAAUACAAAUGUCACUUUUAAAAGAUACUUUAAAUGUUGAUAUGAAAGGUUUUCAUAAAGUUCUAGAAAACCAAAUAUAACAUACUUAGGACUAUAAAAGUGGUAAAGUCUGUAAAAUUUAUUUUAGGUUUCAGUCUUAGGAAGGGCUUGUCAUCUUUAACCAUUUCACUGUGUGGGACAACAGAAUUUGCAUUGAUAUUUAUUGAUUACUAAUUGAUUCAUGUACGUAUUAAGGGUUUUAGAAAGCUUUGAUUCUUUGUUUUUGCUAGAUUUUUUUUCUAUUACAUUAGAAUAAGUAAUAGAAUGAAAUUGAUAUAAUGCUUAGGUCUAUGUUACACAAGAGUGUAGAACUCACAUAAUAUACAAGUACUUGUUUUAGUUUCUAAGAACAGGUUGGUUUGUGUAAAUCUGGUGGAAAAACUAUGUGCAAUUUUAAAAUCUCAUUAAAUCUUUUUUCAGCAAUUGA